GUGCGGCGGCCCCGGGAGCACACACGGUUAAUUCGGCCGGUCCCGGGAGCACACACGGUUAAUUCGGCCGGUCCCGGGAGCACACACGGUUAAUUCGGCCGGUCCCGGGAGCAUACAUGGUUAAUUCGGCCUGUCCCGGGAGCACACAUGGUUAAGGCGCCCGCGGGCGCACAUCUGGCGGGGGAGGGCUGCGAGCCUCGUCCCGCGCCUGGCUGCCUCCUGCGCUUCCAAAAGUGCAUUUCCGCCCGGGCCGAGCGAGGAGAAGGCUCCGGAGCGGGAGGCACCGAUCGGCCGCGGGCAGGCUCUGCCCCGGCUCGGGGGAUGCUCUAGGGCAGCAAAGGCAGCGCCGGGAGGGAGCAGUCCUGCCCCAGAGGUGCUGACACCCUAAAUUGCUGCUCUUGGGCAUUCAUGGGAGGCAGCUGAAGCCAGGCUGAGCAGGAGCAGCAGCACUCGGCCCAGGAUUUGGCUGGUCAUCCAGAGCCUGCUGCUCUGCUCCACUCUCAGCUCUCCAGCUGUCCCUGGCACCUCACAGGGCACUGCCAAGGCAUGGAGGGGCUGUGGGUGCAUGGUGUCCUGCUGCUCUGCCUGCUGCUGUCCUGCCCUGUGGGGAGCCAGACUGGACCCAGUCCCAACCAGCAGUGGUGGACAGAUGCUGAAGAGGCCCCAGCCCGGCACCAAGCUGCCAGGGUCACACAGGAGCAGAAGGCUGAUGGUGCCCAGGAGGGGCUGCCCCCACGGCCCCGCUGUGUCCGCUGCUGCCCCCCGCCCGACCAGUACCAGCCUCUGCCUCAGAUCAACAUGACCAUCCUGAAAGGGGAGAAGGGGGACCGUGGCGAGCGUGGUAUCCAGGGCAAGUUUGGCAAGACGGGGGUGGCCGGCAGCAGGGGCCACGCAGGGCCCAAGGGACAGAAGGGCAGCAUGGGCGCCCCGGGGGAGCGCUGCAAGAGCCACUAUGCCGCCUUCUCGGUGGGCCGCAAGAAACCCCUGCACAGCAAUGACUACUACCAGACCCUCAUCUUCGACACGGAGUUUGUCAACCUCUACAGCCACUUCAACAUGUUCACGGGCAAGUUUUACUGCUACGUCCCUGGGAUCUACUACUUCAGCCUCAAUGUGCACACCUGGAACCAGAAGGAGACGUACCUGCACAUCAUGCACAACGGGGCAGAGGUAGUGAUCCUGUAUGCCCAGGUGAGUGACCGCAGCAUCAUGCAGAGCCAGAGUGUCAUGCUGGAGCUGCGGGAGCAGGACGAGGUCUGGGUGCGGCUCUACAAGGGCGAGCGUGAGAACGCCAUCUUCAGCGAUGAGUAUGACACUUACAUCACCUUCAGUGGCCACCUCAUCAAGUACAGUGGAGACCCCUGAACACCAGCCCCCCCCAACUCCUUCUGCACCAGGCCGGGUGGCCAAGGAGCCCCUGUGCCCUCUCAUCCUGGGCAUGCCACCCCCAUUAUGCUGUUAGCCACCCACUCUUCUGCCACUACCCUCAGCACCUGCCUCAAUGUGUGAGUUCCCCCACUCCAGCUUCUUGAGACCGAUCAGAUGCACCUGGAGGAGCUGGAGCCAUUUCCAGCCUCUGCCACAUUUGUGACUGGGAAGCAGCUGCUCACCUGGGGUGGGCAGGGAGUUCCUUCCAUGCCCCCCCCACCUGCUCCAUAGCCGGGUUUGCUGGGCAGAGCCCACUGUGGCACUGGCUGAGCUGGCACCAGGGGAACAGCAUGACUGCUGGUGUCCUGGUGCAAGCCAGCACAGACAUGUGCACCGUGUUCCUCCUCCAUGCACCAUGCUGUGUUCUCUGCCUCAGAUGGGCAGAAGGUGCUCAGCACCAUCAGGAAAGGCAAUGAACCACUAAGGGCCCCUUUCCUUCUGCAGAGCUGGGGGCCAGUGGGGCGGGCGUCGCAGCAUGGGGCUGGGUACCCUUGGUGGGAAUGGAUUGCAUCAGUUCCCUCUGCAGGUCCCGUCACUGCUCGCCACAGCUUCUGCUGGGGAGGGGCUGGCUCCCCGCUGGCAGCCCUGACAGAACCUUUGGCCUCAGCCACUUCCUCUUCCGUUAGAUUAUCUGCUGGCCAGGCUUCUUGUUUGUGUAGAUGCCGCAGUGGUGUGGGGCAGCAUUCUGACCUCCCUGUACAGCUCAUGCUACAUUAAACACCCCACGUUUCCAGCCUUGCUCACA